AUGGCGUCUCCUCAGCAAAUCCGCACUCCCAUCACCGAUCUGCUCAAGAUCAACCACCCCGUCCUGCUGGCAGGUAUGAACGUGGCGGCUGGUCCCAAGCUGGCCGCUGCUGUCACCAACGCCGGCGGCCUGGGUGUCAUCGGUGGCGUCGGCUACACCCCCGACAUGCUGCGGGAACAGAUCGCUGAGCUGAAGAGCUUCCUGAACGACAAGAACGCCCCGUUCGGUGUUGACCUGCUGCUGCCCCAGGUUGGUGGCAGCGCCCGCAAGACCAACUACGACUACACCAAGGGCAAGCUCGGCGAGCUCGUCGACAUCAUCAUCAGCAGCGGCGCCCGCCUCUUCGUCUCCGCCGUCGGCGUUCCCCCCAAGCCCGUCGUCGAGAAGCUGCACUCUGCCGGCAUCCUGGUCAUGAACAUGAUCGGCCACCCCAAGCACGUCGCCAAGGCCCUGGAUGCUGGCGUCGACAUCAUCUGCGCCCAGGGUGGUGAGGGUGGUGGCCACACGGGUGACGUCCCCACUACCGUCCUCAUCCCCACCGUGGCCAAGCUGGUCCAGGGCCGCAAGAGCCCUCUGACCGGCGGGCCCGUGCAGGUGAUUGCGGCCGGUGGCCUGUUCAACGGUAACUCGGUUGCCGCUGCUCUGAUGCUGGGCGCUUCCGCCGUGUGGAUUGGUACCCGUUUCAUCCUGGCCGAUGAGGCCGGCGCCCCGAAGGCCCACCAGGAGGCUGUCCGGACUGCCGGUUUCGAGGAUAACAUCCGCACCAUCAUCUUCACUGGCCGUCCCCUGCGCGUCCGCAAGAACCCCUACAUCAUGAACUGGGAGGAGAACCGCGCGGACGAGAUCAAGAAGCUCACCGCCAAGGGCGUCAUCCCCGUCGAGUAUGACAUGGAGAACCUGCCCGACGACGUCGACGACGACACCAUGGACAACGCGCGCCCCUUCCUGAUGGGCAAGGUUGCUGCUGUCGUCAACGAGAAGAAGUCCGCCAAGGCGAUCGUGGAUGAGUUGGUCGGCGAUGCGGCGGCGCUGCUGAAGAAGGGCAACCAGAUGCUUGCCAAGCUGUAA